AGGAGGGAGGGACACGAUUUCCGUCUCUCUUACUUACGUGUAGAUCUAAGUGACAAUAAAAACGUGCAUAACAACAGGUGACAAGCUGAGAAACGACGGAAAGGUGGAUUCCACGAUGGAUGCACAGGAGGAGAAGCCAAUGAACAGCCCAGAUGAGUGUGAGGCUGUGAGGCAGAAGGAGGAACCGAAAGAUGAGAGGCGGAGGAGGCUGCUCAGACAGUUCGGGCUGGUGUGCCUCGCCACCAGCGGACACUUCGCCUUGGGUGCCACGCUGCCCUGGCCCUCGCCGGCACUCUCCAGCAUGGCGGAGGACAACUCCACGCUGUUUGGAACGGAGAUCAGCCUCACCCCGGUGCAGAUGGACAUGACAGGCAGCCUCGUGUCGCUCGGGUCCCUGGCAGGUGCGUGGGCGGCUGGAUGGAUGGUGAGCGUGCUAGGAAGAAGGCGGUCCCUGCAGGUGAUCUCGGUGCCCUACCUCCUGGGCUGGCUGUGCAACGCCCUGUCACCCAACGCGCCCGUCCUGCUCACCGCCAGGUUCGUGUUGGGCCUUGCCUGCGGCGCCACCACGGUCGCAGCCUCUUCAUACAUCAUGGAGCUCGCGGACGUGAGUGUACGGGGCAUGAUGUCCACGAUGCCCACGCUGGGCAUCGUGCUGGGAAGCCUAUACACUGUAUGGAUGGGCUACGUGUUCCCUUGGCACUACUUGGCCCUGGUGUGUGCGGUGCCUCCCGCCUUGCUCCUGGUGGUCACGUUCGUCCUUCCCGACUCCCCGUCCUUCCUGGUGGUGCAAGGCCGCCGUCAGACCGCCAUGGCCAUCCUGAAGGGGCUGAGGGGCGAAUACGCCGACGUGGAGGCCGAAGUCCUUGAGCUGGAGCGACGGAACGCCUCCUCGUCCUCCUCGAAGGGCUCCGCAGGCUGGAAGGGCCUCCUCAAGGCCGACGUCCUGAAGAAGAUCGGCGUCAUGGUGAUGCUAUUCUUGUUCCAGCAGAUGUGCGGCAACUACGUGUUCAUGAUCCAGACGGCCAGGGUCCUAGCGGCGGCCGGAGCGCCGUGGGACCCCGACGCGGCGACGGUGGUGGUGGCCGGCGUGCGCGUGGCCGGGACGGUGGUCGCCUUCUUCCUGCUGGACCGCGUGGGCCGGCGCCAUUGCCUCGGGGCCUCGCACGCCAUCAACGCCUCCGCGCUCGUUGUGCUCGGGGUCUACGUGCACCUCCGCGAAAAUGCAGCGCCGGACGACGACACUUACGUCAGGUUGAACUGGGUGCCUCUUCUUUGCGUGGUGGUGAUCAUGUUCAUCCUAAAUGUGGGGGCUCAUCCUGUGCCUUUCAUCCUUGCUACUGAGUAUUUUCCCACCAACAUCAGAGCUCAGGCGUCGUCAAUCUGCUUCUCGUCGGGAACCGCCUUCGCCUUCCUCGCCCUGCAGCUGUACACGCCGAUGCAGAUGACGAUGACGCAGGCAGGCCUCUACUGGUUCUACGCCUCCGUCAGCGCCCUCAGCGUCGCCUUCACUUUUGCCUUCGUCCACGAGACGAAGGGUCGGGCCGUCGGCUGAGGCGCCGCCGGGGGAAGACGUAUUUGUUGUCUGUUUGUUUGAGAGGAAGCGCCCUGGUGCAGAGCGCAACAUUGGACGUCUGAGAGACAAUGUGGAGUUAGAGGACCGAGAGUCGCGAUUCCUCGUCUGCGGGAGAGCCCCUGCGGUUGCCGCGGCCUGCUUCGGCUCUCACGUUGUCUUUCACUGCCCGCCAAUAGUGUAAAAAAUAAAGACAUUGUAUACACACAAACACAAACGCUCCUACAUACUCACACAUAACAAAUCUAACACACACACACACAUUUAUAUGUAGGUAUAUAUACAUAUACAUAUGUGUAUGCACA